CCGGCGCCCCGGAGACGCGGGUCCGCCAGGUCCGCUCGCGCCUCGCUUCCUGCACGCCCGCAUCAGCCGGAAGCCCCAGGCCCGCCGUGCCGCGGGUCAGGCGAAGCUGUUCGGUACCCGCCGACAACGCUGCGAGCCCCGGAACGGAUGGCGGCACUGGGCGCUGACCCGUCUCCGGCGGCUCCGCUGCGAGCCUGGGCAGCGAUGGUGGUGGCGGCGGCGCUCAAGGCCCCGGCACAGGGCUGUGUGACCUUUGAGGACGUGACCAUUGACUUCUCCCAGGAGGAGUGGGGGCUCCUUGAUGAGGCUCAGAGGCUUCUGUACUGCGAUGUGAUGCUGGAGAACUUUGCUCUAAUAGCCUCGCUGGGACUGACGUCUUUCAGGUCUCACAUAGUUGCCCAGCUGCAGAUGGGGGCAGAGCCAUGGGUGCCUGAUAGGGUGGACAUGACGUCAGCCAUGGCAAGAGGGGCGUACAGUGGACUUGUCUCUGGUUUUGGCUGUGGAGCGGAGGGUGAGUGUACUGUGUCUGCAGAAGGAGUGUCACAGGACAGGAAGCUCAAGGAGGCUCUGUGCAACCAGAAAAACUACUCCCGUGAUGCACGUGGCCUGCCCAUGAAAGACGUUUUGCACCUGACCGAACACCAGGCAACACUUCCCAGGCAGAAACCAGAUGCGUGUGAGGCUACUGGGAGAGGGUCGGAGUCCAGUACAAACCUUCAGCAGCAGCAGAACAUAGACAAGUCUGGCAGAAGGGAUGAGGACAGGGCCUCCCUUGUGAAGACCUGCAGAGAUGACACAUCAAAGGAUCCUCUCACAGUCAGGGGGGAUGGGAAGGACUUUGUGGGCGGUAAGGCCACAUCCGGCUUUCUCCAGCGCCAGGUCGUUCACAGAGUGGAGGAGCCUCCCAAGAGCACUGGCCCGCAAAGUCAUAACAAGUGCAGUGAAUUUGGGAAUGCUUUCUCUGACAAGCCCGCACCUGUUCGGCACCAGAGAACCCACACCGGGGAAAGGUCUUUUGAGUGCAACAAAUGUGGGAUAUUAUUUAGCCAUGCCUCCGGCCUCUCUCAGCACCAGAGAGAUCACAACAGAGGAAAGCCUUAUGAGUGCUCCGAAUGUGGGAAGUUUUUCAGCCGACACUCUAGUCUCAUGAGACAUCAGAGAGUUCACACUGGGGAAAGCCCUUAUGUGUGCAGCGAAUGUGGGAAAUUCUUUAGCCAAAGCUCCAACCUCAUUCAGCAUAAGAGGGUGCACACUGGAGAGAAGCCUUAUGAGUGCCGUGAGUGUGGGAAGUUCUUCAGCCAGCGGUCCAAUCUCAUUCAUCAUAAGAAGGUCCAUACGGGCAGAAGCGCUCAUGAGUGCAGAGAGUGUGGGAAGUCUUUCAACUGCAACUCCAGCCUCAUUAGGCACUGGAGGGUUCACACUGGAGAAAGACCUUAUAAGUGCAAUGAAUGUGGGAAAUUCUUCAGCCGCAUCUCCAGUCUCAUCCAACAUCAUAUCAUCCACACUGGUGUACGGCCUUACAGGUGCAGCGAAUGUGGGAGAUCCUUCAUCUGGAGCUCUGACCUCAAGAAGCAUCAGAGAGUCCACACUGGGGAGCGGCCUUAUGAGUGCAGCGAAUGUGGGAAAUUGUUUAGCCAGAGCUCCAGCCUCCAUAGCCAUCGGAGACUUCACACUGGGGAACGGCCUUAUCAGUGCCCCGAAUGUGGGAAAUUCUUUAAGCACAGCUCCAGCCUCCAUAGCCAUCGGAGACUUCACACCGGUGAGCGGCCUUAUGAGUGCCUCGAAUGUGGCAAAACCUUUAGCAAGAGGGCUACCCUUGUCCGGCACCAGAAAAUUCACACGAGAGGAAGGAGUGCAGAGAGUGUGCACCCUCCUCCAGCACAACGAUGUGCACAGAUGAUAAGCUCUGAGAACAGUCCUGAUGAGGGGGCCAUCAGCCAGAGGGUGAACCUUGUUCAUCCCAAUGUCCACAAUGGGCAGAGUCCCUAUGAACGCUAGUUCUGCUGGAAGCUUUCUGGAACAAAGUAGCAUAUUUCUCACCAUGGGCUCUACCAGAGCUUUGCCACUGUGAGUGUUUGAGGUAGAAGCCAUGGAGCUCUGGCAGGUCCUCCAAGAAUAUGUGUCAGCCAGUCCCUGCGUUCGGACCUCUUUUCUGAGAGAGAAUCCCAAGUAGCCUGAGGCCAAGGAAGAUGUCAUUCCUUCCCUCUGUGACCAGCGUAGCUAUGGACAUGACCCAUCUUUGACUGUGAAGACCUGAGCUGGGUUCUGCUGGCAGCUUGCAGAGAAGGUUUCCCUUCUUUCAAAGACAUGGCUGAUCUCAUGCGAUGCUCAUGAUGGAUUUAUCCAGACUCCACAUUACCCAUCCCAACAAGCACCUAACUCUACAUUGCCUUAAUGAUCAAGCCACCUAUAAUCUGAUGUGUUUUGAUCAUUGGGAAGUGGGUUGAGAAUGCAGUUAAGGUCUACCAAACAAAAAGGUUUCUAAAUGUAUUGCCUCGGAGGAAGAGCAGGAUGGUGGAAAGAAAAUAGCUCUCGUUUCAGAUUUGGCCUCCUUUGUGUUGCUAGUCAAGGUCUCCUGGGAAUGAUGGUAAGAUUUUGUGGGCCUAAUGUUGGGAUCUGAGUGGCUUGAAUUUUUGUGAACCAGAGAUGACCCUGAGGACAGGGCAGUUGUGACAACCUCCUCUGCAUCUGGGAGCGGCAUGAAUAGGACCCCAUGUUUCCACGGGAUGCCUCUCGUUCCCUAGCACUGUUAAGUAGACACUGUUUACCUGCACCUGCCAAGGAGCCAUUUGCCUUGAAGUUUACCAUCUGGUAUUCAGGUGUCCUGUUAGGUUUACUGGCCCAAUUGAGACCAUAAUUGGUAUGGAAACACUGGGUGUGAAACUAGAAUAGGCGAGUCUGUAGCAAGCUAAAGGGAAUGUACCUGUUCUAAAAGUACAUCCACAAAUGUUCCUUUGAAUGUGACUGUGCAGUAUUCAGGCUUUGCAGAAAUUCUCAGGACCUCCAGACCUCUGUUCUAUGACUUAGGUCCCUGACAGAGCAAAUAUCUAUAAAGGUUUUGUGGGUAAUAAGGCUCCCUGCGGUAAUCGCGCCACAGCUGUUGCUGCUUUGGCGGGAGAAUGGGGCUGGGAGAAGGCAGGUCUGUACUCCAGGGGUGUAGCAUUUGUCACAUAGCCAUUUUUCCUGCCAAGGCAUGAGAGAGAGAGAGAGAGUCAACGUAGGAUUGCCAGGUCCUCUAAUUUCUGACAUGAACGAGAGAUCAGAUUUUUAUGUGCAACAAUUUCUUUAAAUCUUUGUUGAGAUACAGUUGUCAUGCAGCAGUCAUCCGUAUUUAAAUCUUUGUUGUCAUGCAGCAGUCAUCCGUAUUUGAUCUGCACUGCUUAAGAAGUUUUUCAGUAUGUAUACACUCAGGGAACCAACACAGAACCGGGACAACGUACCUAUCCAUCACCCACAAAGCUACCUCAUACCCUUUACUAUCCCUCCUUGCCUUCCCAGUAAACCAUUGAUUUCCUUUUCUUUCUUUCUUUCUUUCUUUUUUUUUUAACUACAGAUUUGUUUGUCUUUCUUAGAAUUUUAUACAACUGGAAUCAAAAAGUAUUUAUACCUUA